AUGCCCCGUUGUUUCCGUCAUCGGUUGAGGUGUGACAGCUACCCACCUUCGUCCUUGCCACCACCGUCGCCGCCACCCAUCGUCGCCGCCACCCAUCGUCGCCACUGCCACCUCCGAUCAUCGCCACCACCCACCUUCGAUUAUCGCCGCCACCAUUGCCACUGCCACCUAUCACCGCCGUCACCCACCGCCGCCACCUCAAUCAGCCGCCACCACCCACCACCACCAUCGCUACCACCACCGACCACCGUCGCCACUGCUUCCACCUCCAACCACCCCUGCCACCACCAUCGCCGCCGCCGCCACCUACCUCCACCAUCAUCCACCACCACUGUUGUCACCAUCCGCCGUUGUAUCCACCCACCACCACCGCUAACCACCGCCGUCGCUACAACUGACACCUAG